GUAAAACACACCUUGAAACUAACACAGGACAGAACUGGAUUCUUUUUCGGCUUUGCUUUUUGAAUUAAAAAAAAAUGGAUUACCAAACAUACUUUUAUCAGAUCUUGACGGAACUACACUGUAGUUGUCUUUUUUAAUUUGAGAAGAUCAAACCAGGACCACUACAAUCAAAGCUCUUCAGAUGCUAGCAUGGUUGGAAUCAAGCCCACAGAACUGGCACCAACUGUCACCAUAAAGUUCUUUGGAGCUGGAACUGCAGCAUGUAUUGCUGACCUUGUAACAUUUCCAUUAGACACUGCCAAAGUCAGGCUGCAGAUACAAGGUGAGUCAAAGGCAGUGGACAGGGCCAAAGGAGUGAGGUACCGUGGUGUCUUUGGCACCAUCACCACCAUGGUGCGUACCGAGGGGCCCAGGAGUCCGUACAAUGGGCUGGUGGCAGGGCUUCAGAGACAGAUGAGCUUCGCUUCCGUCCGUAUUGGGCUCUACGACUCCAUGAAGCAAUUCUACACCCGAGGAUCAGAGAAUGUCAGUAUUGUCAGUCGGCUGAUGGCGGGCUGCACAACAGGGGCGAUGGCUGUGGCAUUCGCUCAGCCAACAGAUGUGGUCAAAGUACGUUUCCAGGCCCAGGUGCGACUGGCAGAUGGGACAAAGAGGUACAAUGGCACCAUGGAUGCCUACAGGACAAUCGCCAGGGAGGAGGGCAUCAGAGGACUUUGGAAAGGUUGUAUGCCUAAUAUAACACGCAAUGCAAUUGUGAACUGCGCAGAGUUGGUGACCUACGACAUCAUCAAGGAACUAAUUCUGAAAUAUGACCUCAUGACAGACAACCUGCCCUGCCACUUUACUGCCGCUUUUGGUGCUGGUUUCUGCACCACCGUUGUGGCGUCACCAGUUGAUGUGGUAAAGACUCGUUUCAUGAACUCUGCUCCCGGCCAGUACAGCAAUGCUGUGAACUGUACAAUCACCAUGCUAACCCAGGAGGGACCCACUGCCUUCUACAAAGGGUUCAUGCCAUCCUUCCUAAGACUAGGCUCCUGGAACAUUGUGAUGUUUGUCUCCUACGAGCAACUCAAGAGAGCUAUGGCUAAGGCACAACAGUCGUGGCAAUCCCCCUUCUGAACUGUGAUUCCUUGGGAGUUAAUUUCCUUAACCAUAAUGGUGGAGAUCUUGGGAACUGUUUCUGGGCCUUCUGUGUUUUUUUUAUGCUGCAUAUCUCCAAAAGAAAAACUCUAUAGUAUAUGAAAGGAAAUGUUUACAAAUUAUGAUGUUUAUUUAAUGACUUUUUCCAUUUGUAGCCUACAUGGCAUCAUGUUUAGUUAUAAAUGUUUGGUGUAUCGCUGGAUGAUAUUACCUGGGUAUAAAACUAUGUGAGUACCUAUUGCACAGUUAUAUGUUUACAGUUGGUUCGAUGUAAAAUGCUUAUGCACUGAGAGUAAUGUUUAUGUUCAUAUUUCUACAAAUCUCUCUGGGUAAGAGCAUCUGCUGAGUUAAUGUAAUUUAUGAUAAGUGAAAAAUAAAAUGGCUGAUAAAAAAAAAUUAAAUAGUAAUAUUCAAUCAGAGAACCUUACAGUCUGGUUUAAGGAUCAUGUUUUAUUAUAAUAAUGUACAAUUGUUUAUCUUUUUUGUUUAACAAAACAACACAGGAGUGACUUGAACAAUUUUAAUGUUUCCUUGCUCUUACCCUUACUAUAUGCUGCUACAUAUGGCAAAGUGGUGAGACCAGUUAUUUCCAGUGGGAUGCAGAUGUGGGGUGAACAUUUAUAGUGGGACAAUGUUGUACACUUCUGCUGGCCUUGGCA